AUGCGAAAUUUGUUAACAUUUUCAGGUCCUAAUGGCUGCCCGAGGCGCAGAGGUCGACAAACGUACACGCGGUUCCAAACACUGGAAUUAGAAAAAGAAUUUCACUUCAAUCACUAUCUGACGCGACGGCGACGAAUAGAGAUUGCACAUGCGCUCUGUCUAACGGAACGACAGAUCAAGAUCUGGUUCCAAAAUCGGCGAAUGAAGCUGAAAAAGGAGUUGAGAGCGGUUAAGGAGAUCAACGAGCAGGCCAGACGCGAGCGCGAGGAGCAAGACAUGAUGAAGAAACAGCAGGCGGAGAAACAGGCCAAGUUGCAGCAGGAGCAGCAGAGUGCCGCCCUUCAGCACCAGCAGCAGCAUCACGUAAGCGGCCUGGAAAAGACGCAAAGCGAUCUUCUGAAGGCAGUUAGUAAGGUACCCACAUAGGAUACCUUACUGAGCCGACUCUCUUUCUUUUAAGGAAGACACAAGAGACUGGAGUGGCCUGGACGAAGACUCCGAAGCGAAGUAGUUGGUAAGCUCGGCUACGUAAGAAGAUGAUCCUGAGUUCCUCUUCUUUGACCUUCACACGCGAGAAACAGGUACGAAACAUCCGACGCAAAAGAUUUUUGCGAUCUUCUUCGGUGUGCCAGUGAGUUCGCAAAUAGAGAACUUCGUGGUCACCGGUCUUGCAUCGAGAUAGAAGAUGGCGAGAAUUUAGGAGAUUCUGGAAGAUACACACGGAGCGCGGCAGUCUUCUCCGGGCAGGGAAAGGUACGACGAAUGCCUUGCUGAGUCGGUUCUCCCUUUUGUUUCUUUUUUUACGCAAGAAAGAAAAAAUUACGUAGACAUUACACUAGAGAAAGAACUCUGAAAGCAGAUAGAGAAUGUGACCGCACCCUAUCCCCCAGCUACGUACUUACUUGGCUAGCCCCCGUAGAGCGAAAUUGCCUCGGGGUUCAGCCUGUGACUGAUUCCUAGAACGUAUAAUGUAUAUUGUUAAUCGGGUGCUACAUAAUGAGCCAUUAUCGCAUACGACGAACACACGAAUUGGCGCGAUACUGCCAUGGACGGAGCCAAUUAUUAUAUCGAGGCGGUGAGUAGACUAGUUAAAUGGGCCAAAACUGAAGGAUUAAUGGUCGUAUGGCCAACCGAAUUAUCAACUACGACGACGCUAAUUAAUCGAUUAAUUGAUCGAACCUUGAAAGAAGGAAGUAAUUUAAUCAAGCUGUACGAACGAGCG